AUGUCCGCCCGCAGAAUGAAGAUCGGCUGCGCCGGUCUCGGCCGUAUGGGUAAGCGCCAUGCUCUGAACUUCCUCGAGCGCACCCCUCGCGCCGAGCUCGUCGCCGCCAGCUCGCCCGACCCUGCCGAGCUCGAAUGGGCCAAAACACACCUGGUGCCCUUUGGUGUGAAGCUGUACCAGAACUAUGACGAUAUGCUGAAGCAUGAGGGUCUGGAAGCUAUUGUCGUGGCCUCGGCGACUGCGGUGCACGCUGAGCAGGCAAUCAAGGCAAUUGAGGCCGACAAGCACGUUCUCUGUGAGAAGCCGCUGUCGACUAGCGUGGAAGUUUCCCAAUCGGUCGUGGACGCAGCAGCCAAGAAGCCAAACCUGAAAGUGAUGUGCGGAUUCUCGCGCCGCUUCGAUAAGUCCUACCGCGACGCCUACUCAAAGAUGCAAGCCGGCCUCAUCGGCGCGCCCUCCGUCCUCCGCAGCCAAACCUGCGACAAGCUCGACCCGUCCGGUUUCUUCGUCGCAUAUGCCCAGUUCUCUGGCGGUAUCUUCGUCGACUGCUCCAUCCACGACAUUGACCUGACGCUGUGGUUCUUUGGCGCUGAGAGCAAGGUCAAGUCCGUCUCCGCGGUGGGUAUCACAGCUGUGGAGCCUGAUCUGCGCAAGCACAACGACCGCGAUAACGCCGUGGGACUGGUGGAGUUCCACGAUGGCAGAAUUGCGUACUUCUACGCUUCGCGUAUGAUGGCAGCCGGCCAGGAAGAUACGACUGAGAUCAUUGGUACCAAGGGCAAAUUGGCUGUUAACACCCAGCCGGCUAUGAACCAUGUCAACCUGUUCGAUGACACUGGUAUUCGCCGGGAGAUUCCUCAGACUUACUGGGAUCGCUUCGAGUACGCUUUCGUUACCGAGGCUAACGAGUUUGCUGCGGCUGUCCUGGACAACAAGCCGCUUCCUUUGGAGCUGACCGCUGCUGUGCAAGCGGUGCGCAUUGGGGCUGCGCUCCAGGAGUCUCUAAUUACCGGACAGAAAAUUUUCUUCGAUGAGCAGGGCAACCGUAUUGAGGCUGCUCGUCUUUAA